AAAGCAGAUGAAGAUGCAUUUAUUCAAACUAGCCUUUGUCUCGCCUCAUGCAGUCUAGUGUUGUUGCUAAUCUUGCUUAAGGUCUGUUGCUGCUUAUGUUUUAUUGUUUGAUUCUUUUUACUGUUUUUCUGGUUUUAUUUUUUAACAAUUUUACUCUUGUAAAGCAUUUUGUGACAUUGCUCUGUGAAAGGUGCUAUACUAAACAAGCUUUACUUACUGACUUAUCACUUACUCCAAAAUUGGUGAGAAGUGACACCUUAAUCAAACCAAUUAACCAAAGUAACAAUUUUGCUCACCAUAACAUACAAAAUAACUUUUUGUUGUCACAAAAUCUAAUGAGUUCUGCCUAGUACAACAGUCAACCCAAGGUCUGCACACAGACAGCACUGGAAAAAUCAGCAACCUUCUUGACGACUAUGAAACCUUUAUCCUAUUGCACUAACAAAGAUGAGAGAAUCUAACAUGUUAAUUUUGUCAACAAAAACUAUGGAAAAAAAUGUAACUGACUACCUUUUUCCACAACAAAAACAAGGCUAAAACUACAUAAGAAGAUACCUUUGAAAACAAAAUGAAAUGUAUUACAAAUUUUGUCGACAAACCAAAAUUAAAGCAUAAUUUGAAAGGCAGAUGGAUGCACAAGACCAAAUGGCCUAUAGAAUCACACAUUGUAUGCUCCUGAUUGGUAAAAUGUAUCCUCCUAUCUCAGAAGUUCUUUUAGCUGCUUGACUGUUGCACUAAUAAGCAGAAUCUUGCAUUUCAGUACUGUUAUGACUCUGGCAAUAAGUUUAGCUAGCGUCACCGCUUCUUGGAAGGAAAGAAAGCAACAGAUUUAUGGACUAAAUUCAUCUACAAUCCCACUGAAAAUUGGACAAGAAGACUUCAACAAAACAGCUGGGAUAAACCACAAAAACAGGCAGGCCAGCAUGCUGACAAUUGCAAAAAGAUAAGCUAAUGAUAAUGUAACAUUAUCGAGGGCUGUGGAUGUGACUGUAACUUUAACAUUACUUUCAGUCUGCUAUCUUUCGUAUUUACAGGCUAGCAGUAGGAGUGAGUGCAGGAUUAAUAUAGAGAUGACCAAAAUAAAAUGAAAGUACCAGUCAUGCACAGAAAUGUCACAGUAGACAAGAAAUUGUCUGGCAGAAAUCACAAUUCUCAGUUUACACAGCUUGUUCUGACCCAGGAGCCUCCAGACAGAUAGAGCCCCACAUCAUUCUGUGAGUCUUACCGUUGUCUUUCUUAAAAUGAAGUGCAAUUUUGCUUUCCAGUAUAAUAUUAUAACCCCAUUUGCUGUAGCUUGGAGUAUGGACAGACACAGAGUUAUAGAAGCUAGGGGAACAGUGCUAGCUAGCAGAGGGGGCAGGACUUUCAUUCUCUAUAAACAUAGCAGAUGACAGUAUUUGCUGCUUAUAUGAAAACACAGUGCUAGUGUGUACUUAAUUGCUUUCUUGGUGCAUACUGCUUUUUUUCACUUGUUUUUUUUUUUUUUUUUUGAGCUAGCGUGACCGACUGAAAGCUGCUGACCGUCAGCUGGCUGAUCAUCUGACACAGGCCAGGAGCAUGGACCGCUUCCUGCUCAUAAGACAUCCGGCACGGAACCACUACCUGCUGAGGCCGCGAUCAGCCCUGAUCGUGACAGGGCUGAGCUGGCUAGUUGUCAAUGUGGAAGUUGCUCCAAUGAUAGCACUGAUGAUUCAGGACCUGCAGAGCGGAAACUGGAAUCACUGCAAGGAUUUUGCUAGCCUAAAAGGAGAUGUCAAUACAUUAGGCUACAGCCUGGGGUUAACUUUGACUGGUUACAUUCUCCCUCUGCUUGGACUUUGCGCUUUCUCCCAUCAAAUUGCACAUCUGCUUCAUGUCCAGGAAAAGGCUCUACAGCGCAGGACAACAUCGUACAAGCGGCCUCUCCGGGUUGUUGCAUCAGCUGCAGUCAUGUUUCUGGUUCUCUACACUCCCUACCAUGUGCUGAGAAAUGUCAGAAUAGCAUCUCAGGAGGCCUGGGGAGGGCUGCAGCUGUGUACAAUGAAGUACAUCGAGGGCCUGUACAUCUUGACCCGACCGUUGGCCUUCUUACACAGUGUCAUCAACCCUGUCUUCUACUUCCUCAUGGGUGACAAGUUCAGAGAGCUCCUAUUCGCUAAGCUCAGAAAGCUGAGGCAGAGCUUGCAAAGAGAAUCAGCCUGACAAAAUUCAACACAAGAUCCCUGCACACUGUAUGUACAAAAAGAGACACGUGCAGUGCAUCCACGCGUGAACCAGCUCUAUCUUUACAUAUUGUAUUUUGUCAAAAGUUUUGUUGAAGUUUUGCUUUUCUUCAUUUCUGUUGUGUUUUAAUUGUUUAAUUUUUUAUGAUAUAAUUGUCAUCCAUUAAAAUAUUGUUAAACAGUCUAUUAAUGAUGUGGAAAGUUUUUUGUAGAGACCAUAUCAUGUCAUGUUGAUAAAGUGUAAAAUAACUUAAUACAUUUAAAGGCCAGAGCCUGUUGCUAUUUUUAUAUUGAUGCUCUGUUUAAGCAUAUGUAUGUAUGUAUGUAUGUGCGCAUAGGCAGAUGAUUGUAUUUGUAUCUGUAUUUGUUAAAAAAGCAUAUUAUUCAUAUUUGAAGUCGACUGAAACUGGAGAUGCAUGUUUUGUCACUGUUACUACUAUUUUUGGGAUGUUUGAGCAUUAAAGUCAAUAUUGUAUCACAUUUUAAUGUAAUAAAAUAUAACCUGACCCAACUAAUAUUUGGCUGCUACUUAUAUUGCUAUUGGAAGGUUAAACAUGUGUGUGACUGUGACUAACACACAACUGUUGAACAACAUUAUUCUUAAUGUCGGGGUCCCUGACAAAUUCAUUAAUUAUUUAUUAUAUAUCAUAACGUCCACUUUUAAACAUGGUGUUUUGUGUUUUUUGACAGUAGAAUUUGAAUGCAAUGCUGUUCAGAAGCCAACUCUUACUAUUUGGAUUUCUGGGCUUUUCAUCAGCACCAUAAGUCAGUCAUAGAUAUACUUUUUUUUUUAGUGAUGAAUUUGAAUUCCAUUAUUAGCACAAGCUAUAAAAUAAGGUAAAAGUGAGGAGUGUCCUAAUGGUCUAUGAUGCAUACGAUAUAUAACAGCAUCGUCUCCAGGUAGAAUUUGACCGAACACAUUUGUCACAGUUUCCCAUUAUUGUCACUCCCUAAACUGAGCCAGGUGUAUGCUUGCAGGGAGGGACGAGGUGACAGCCUAGAUGCCAAAUAUCACAUUUUCUGCAUUCACAUAAUAAUCCAUUCCGUGUAGUUGAAUGACUUCACUUUUAAUCGGUAUCAAUACCUAUCAAACCCCUGUCAACCAAAGCUUUGGCUGCUUUUUUCUUAUGAAAUUUGAAACUUUAUAUGUAUAGCUGAUGAAAUUGUAAGCUUCUUCUGAGAACUUUUGCUGCUUUUUCGUUCAUUGAAAAUUGGAUUUGUUAUCCUUUACACAUACUAAAAGAGGAUUCUUUGAUCGUUGUGAAAAUCAGGGAAGGAAAACUGUUUCAUGAUUUGAUCUCAGUUGUCUUUGUUUUUCAUGGAUUUAACUGAUCCCAGCUUGCCGAGUUAUGUAGCACCUAACAUUGUGACCUUUUCAACUGAGUCAUCAGCAGGGUUUUCAUUUUCAUUUUGAGAAGCCCCUCAUUGUUUUCCAAAGGUUUAUUGUGCAAUUUCCUGAGUACUGUCAGGGCUUUAAACAUUAAAUUUUACAUGGGUGACAGACACUUAGAUUAGGUUUGGAUUUGGCUGAUGUGUAAGCAGUACAUGUACUGUAUCAUUCAUUUUAUUUGUGUGAAUGUGUGUAUUUACAAAGUACGCAUAUGUUAUAGUUUCAGCCUAGGGAUGCUUACUUUUAGUACAAACUCCACAACCGAGAUUACAACAGUACAUCAUUCUCUCCUUUUUUCAUCUUGCCUGUGACAUUUCCAGGUUUGAAACACUAACACUAAAUAAAAAUCUCAUUAAAAAUCCUAGGAAUGAAAAGCCCUUUUUUUCUUGUCUCUCCUGAAUCACAUCGAUUACUCGGGACCUUCAAUUACAAAAUAAUUUUAUCCCUACCUUGAAAAAACUUCGUCUGCUGCAAAAAUGUUGUUGUAGUAUGGAAAAUAUUGAGUCAGACCAUCUUCCAUAUAAGCUCAUAUUUAGUGUUGUUUGGUCGGGUUUAUUGAAACCUUCUAAUAUAUUCUAAUAAUAUUCUUAUACAUAUUUCUAAAGUUAUCUGGAGGUCUCCGCUCUCAUGACACCCUCCUUCAUAUUGGACUGUCAGUGACCUUUUUGAUGCUUACUUAGGCCCUGAAUCCCCAUUAAAAACACUUAACUUCAAAGGGCUUUAAUACAACAGACAGGAUCAGGUGCCUUCUUUCACACCAUGCUUGAUCCAUCAUUUCAUUUAUAUUGGCAUGGCAUUGGCAUCUCUCUCUGGAAUGAGCAAAGAAAAGAAGCAAGGAUGAAAUAUCAGGCUGAGUUCUGUGUGUGCGAAUUUAAGUUUCAUAAUAGAAGCCAGAGGGGUGGUAUUGAGACAGAGCCAAUGAGAAAAGGCAGUAAAAAAUACAUGUGAGGACAAAUACAAAACCUGAAACUCUACAUUACAAAUAAUAUGAUAUCCUAAUGUAAUAAUACUUUGGGAAGAUAAUUCAGUAUUGCAGUUCAGAUAACUGUGGCCACUGAGGCAACAGGGGCAUUAUAGGGCACAGGUUUUUAGGAAGGUUGCUGUAUGUUAAACUUAUAGUAUCUUAAAUAAAGCACUUAUUCUAAGCAGUAAUAAUGUUGUGGUGAUAAAAUGUAUGUGUCCUACAUGGAUGAGUUGGUCUGAAAAUCAUGACUGAUUUAUUUUCAAGCCUUAUGAACAGUGUUGAACACCAAACCUGGGAGAAAAUCAUGUUUACACAAAGUGCAUAUUUAAGUGUGCACAUGCUUACUCAUGCUUACUCACAUUCCUGUGUGUAAACAGAGUAUAUAUUUGUUCACUUUCUAUACUGUAUGUAAGUAUAAUCUGUGCAAAACCACUAUACAUUAUUAACAGUUUCAAGGAAUCAUCUGCCAUAAUCCAUUUCAUUUUGCUGUUAUUAGCCCUCCAUAGAAGUGAAGGAAUUUAAGAACAGUCCCACCACUUCAUGUACACAGGGAUAAAUAAGUGUGUAUACACAUACAGUACCUGGCUACACAUUUGCACACAAGGCCAACAUAUCAGGAGGAUAACAGGGACCAGCAAAGUGUAGCACAUAAAUAGUCCACUUUACACCCAGGAGGCGUGGAGUGUUUUGUUUAAUGUGUCCUGAUGAACGAGGUUGACCUAUUUGAAUCAUCCUUUUGUAUAAAUGGUUUGUUCGUACUCAUGCAUCAUCCUCUUUGCUAUCCAGAGAAAACAAAAAACUGUUUGUUUUUUUCCAACCUCUUCGAUUGAACGUGUGUAGGUGUGUUUAGUGGUAGAUUUGUCGACACAGUUUGCAGAAAAACUGCACUCUCCCCUUCAGCUAUAUGAACACUCAACAGAUCCAGCGGGGACUGCUUCACCUACAGUAAGUGGCGCCAAGUGGAUUUGGUGUGUCUGAGUCAGUGUAUACAAAAUAUCCUUCUUAGCAUAUCGUCGUGUUCACUUUCACUACAUGUAAUGGUCAUGUGUACUUGUCAACACGGUGUAACAUGAUGUUGACAAGUACAUCCAUUCUAAUGUAUUUCUCUCUUUACACGAUAUGCGAUUGCACACACACAAGUACAAUUGAUCAGUAGUUAAAGGUCAAGUCAAUUUAUUGACAGAUAACAUUAAAAUUAAAAAUGCUGCAAAUCAUAAGUUCUCAGAGAGCGAAUCCAAAACAAAAAUAGUCAUAUUCAGUCAGAGUCAUAUUAACAAUUGAAAAUGUAGCAGUGCUUAAGCAAAUGAGCCAGGUUUCUCUGACAGAAAAAAAACCCCAACUGUAAAACUGUUGAAAAAGUUACAUACUUUAUGUUACAGUAUCUUUUAGAUAAUCAUCCCAUGUGUAGAGAAGUCACAGGGUGACGUCACCCACAGAUAAAAAGAUAAAGGAGAAAAAAGGGAGAGACGAGUGAAUGGUUUCAAUCCACCUCAUAUGUUGGACAAUAUCCCUCUCUUUACCAUAUUGCUACAUCACACUCAGCUAAGUUCAAUCACAAAAAUGUGUGUACGCAUGGUGUGAAGAAUAUUUGGAGAAUAUUGUUGCAGCAUAAUCUACUUAUAAAUACCAAUAUUCUGUGUGGAAUGUGGCUCAUCAAUUUUCAUUGUGUGUAGCUCUGAUGUGCAGCCAUUACAAAGCAAACAAGACUUGAAAUUUGACUAUGUAUGAAUAUGUUGUGCUGACGAAGAUACCAUUCACUCUGCAAUUUAAAUAAUUUACCAUACCAGCAAGCAUCUGCCUGUGUGCCACAUUUGCAUGGGUUACACAACAAAGGGAUAGUUCUUUUUUUAUGAAAAACAGUGUUUCUGUAUUUAACAGAACCACUUGCCAAUCUUUGAUGCAAUGCCAGGAACACCAGGAUAGUUUUACCAAAACAUCAAAACAAUCUUAGGUUUUAGUAACAGCUGCACUCAGUUAUAAAUGUUAACUCUGGCCAAACUGAAGAUAUUUUUUUCCUGUUGUGAAAAUCCUUUCCUACUUUGUCUUAUACUGGAUUCUUAAAACCCCUUAUGGGAUAGUUCCGAUUUUGUUUUUUUUUGUGGUAUGCAUUACUAGCUUUCAGUAUCGAUACGGACACAAUAGACAUAAGAUCAGGUAGCAGAUUCCUGUGGUUUGAUUUGAUUUAUUUGGGUCUCUUUUAGCUUAUUGACUCCAAGAGUCCACAGUGGUGGAAAACAAGAAUGAA